GGGCUGGAACUGGGACGAGACUCAGGACUCCUAGAAGAGGGAGUGCACGGGCUAUCCAGCCCUGGGACUCCAGAGGCUGGGGAGGGAUUCUGGCCCCUGUCACUCACAGACACGGGGCUGAGUGGGGUCAGGGGUGGGGUGUCUGCCCCCCCUCGGGGGGGCAGAACAGGGCCUCAGGCCUCGGUGCCGCCUGGCCCCUGGAAGAUGCCUGUGCCCUGGUUCUUGCUGUCCUUGGCGCUGGGCCGAAGCCCUGUGGUCUUCUCGCUGGAGAGGCUUGUGGAGCCUCAGGACGCUGCCCACUGCUCUCCGGGCCUCUCCUGCCACCUCUGGGAUGGUGACAUGCUUUGCCUGCCUGGAAGCAUUGUGCCUGCCCUGGGGCCCGUGCUGGUGCCCACUCACCUGCAGACAGAGCUGGUGCUGAGGUGCCACCAGGAAACUGACUGCGACCUCUGUGUGCGUGUGGCUGUCCACUUGGCUGUGCAUGGGCACUGGGAAGAGCCUGAUGAGGAGGAAAAGUAUGGAAGAGCAGCUGACCAAGAACUUGAGACGUCUAGGAAUGCCUCUCUCCAGGCCCAAGUCGUGCUCUCCUUCCAGGGUUACCCUACUACACGUUGCGUCCUGCUGGAGGUGCAAGUCCCUGCUGCUCUUGUGCAGCCUGGUCAGUCUGUGGGCUCUGUAGUAUUUGACUGCUUUGAGGCUGCCCUUGGGGGUGAGGUGCGAAUCUGGUCCUACACUCAGCCCAGGUAUCAGAAGGAACUCAACCUCACACAACAGCUGCCUGACUGCAGGGGGCUCGAAGUCCGGAACAGCAUCCACAGCUGCUGGGCCUCGCCCUGGCUCAAUGUGUCUACAGAUGGUGAUGAUGUACGCCUGGUGCUGGAAGUCUCUCAGGAGCAGAGCUUUGGCCUCUCCUUGUACUGGAAGCAGGCCCAAGGCUCCUCAAAGCCCUGGUGGAAUAGAAACCUGACUGGGCCACAGACCAUUACCUUGAACCACACCGACCUGGUUCCCUGCCUCUGUAUUCAGGUGUGGCCCCUGGAGCCUGACUCCAUCAGGACUAACAUCUGCCCCUUCGUGGAGGACCCUCGAGCGCACCAGAACCUCUGGCGUGCUGCUCGGCUGCGGCUGCUGUCCCCACAGAGCUGGCUGCUGGACGCGCCGUGCUCGCUGCACGCAGAGGCGGCGCUGUGCUGGCAGGCACUGGGUGGGGGCCCCUGCAGGCCACUUGUUCCGCUGCUGCCCUGGGAGAAUGUCACCGUAAACAAGGCCCGUGAAUUCCCAUUGCUAGAAGGCCACCCUAACCUUUGUGUCCAGGUGAGCAGCUGGGAGGAGAUGCAGCUGCAAGAGUGCUUGUGGGCUGACUCCCUAGGGCCCCUCAAGGAUGAUGUGUUGCUGGUGGAGACACGAGGCCCCCAGGACAGCAGAUCACUCUGUGCCUUGGAACCCAGUGGCUGUACUUCACUGACCAGCAGGGCCUCUACGAGAGCAGCUUACCUUGGAGAGCAGUUACUACAAGACCUGCAGUCUGGCCAGUGUUUGCAGGGUCUCCCAGACAUCCACAAACGCUGGGCCCUGGUGUGGCUGGCCUGCCUACUCGUUGCAGCUGUGCUUUUCCUUCUCCUCCUUCUCAAAAAGGAGCACGUGAAAGGGUGGCUGAGGCUCCUGAAGCAGGACGUCCGCUCGGGGGCGACCACCAGGGGCCGCGCGGCUUUGCUCCUCUACUCCGCUGAUGAUGAGGACUUCGAGCGCCUAGUGGGCGUCCUGGCGUCGGCCCUGUGCCAGUUGCCGCUGCGCGUGGCCGUGGACUUGUGGAGCCGUCGUGAACUGAGCGCGCAGGGACCCCUUGCCUGGUUCCACGCUCAGCGGCUCCAGACCCUGCAGGAGGGAGGCGUGGUAGUCCUGCUCUUCUCGCCUGGGGCCGUGGCGCUGUGCAGCGAGUGGCUGCAGGACCAGGCGGCGGCGCCGCGGGAGCACGGCCCGCACGAUUCCUUCGCCUCGUCGCUCAGCUGCGUGCUGCCCGACUUCUUGCAGGGCCGGGCACCAGGCCGCUACGUGGGGGCUUGCUUCGACAGACUGCUCCACCCGGAUGCCGUGCCCGCCCUUUUCCGCACCGUACCGGUCUUCUCACUGCCCUCACAGCUGCCAGACUUCCUGGGGGCCCUGGAGGGGUCCUGCGCCCGCCACCCUAGGCGGCUAGAGGAGAGGGCGGAGCGGGUGUCGCGGGCUCUUCUGCAAGCCCUAGACGGCUGCUUCCAAGCGUCGGGGGACCCUGGGCCGAGAUGCGCGAUAGAACCUGGGACGGGGGACCGGACUUGAAUAAAGGCAGAUGCUAUUUUUUCUA